CUCUCUGUUCUCUCAUUCUGCUCUCGCUAUUUUCAUUCUCUUCCUCUUUCAGAGUCCACUCUGCUGUCGCGUGUAUGUGAUCAAAUUGAUUCUCCCUACUACCCUCUGUUUGCUCUGUUUACUCGGAGCGGUCAUCUUCAAGAGUGUGUGUUUGUGUGUGUGUGUGCGUCAGUAUGCCAUGUCGUCUCUGAGUUCGUCGUUUGUCCAGAUAAAAUAUGACGACCUGCGGUUCUAUGAGAACUGUGGAGGGGGCAGCUUUGGGAGUGUGUACAGAGCACACUGGAUAUCUCAGGAUAAAGAGGUGGCUGUGAAGAAACUACUCAAGAUUGAGACUGAGGCUGAGAUCCUGAGUAGUCUAAGUCAUAAGAACAUCAUACAGUUCUAUGGAGCCGUGCUGGAGGCCCCCAACUAUGGCAUCGUCACGGAGUAUGCGGGCGGAGGUUCUCUCUAUGACUACCUCUCCAGUAAACAGAGUGAGGAGAUGGACAUGGAACAAAUAAUGACCUGGGCCAUGGAGAUAGCAAAAGGAAUGCACUAUCUUCACUCAGAAGCCCCAAUCAAAGUAAUUCACAGAGACCUCAAGUCACGAAACGUGGUGCUGACAACAGACAAGGUGCUCAAGAUCUGCGAUUUUGGAGCGUCUAAGUUCCAGUCCCACACGACCCACAUGACUGUUGUGGGCACCUUCCCCUGGAUGGCUCCUGAGGUCAUACAGAGUCUGCCUGUGUCAGAAACCUGCGACACGUACUCCUACGGCGUGGUGCUCUGGGAGAUGCUGACACGGGAGGUACCUUUCAAAGGCUUUGAGGGGCUGCAGGUGGCUUGGCUGGUGGUGGAGAAACAAGAGAGGCUGACCAUACCCACCAGUUGCCCGCCGAGCUUUGCUGACCUAAUGAGGAAGUGCUGGCAGGCCGACCCAAAGGAGCGUCCAGUGUUUAAGCAGGUUUUGGGGACUCUGGAGACCAUGUCUAAAGACAGCAGACUACCAGACCAGUGUAACUCCUUCCUACACAACAAGGACCAGUGGAGGUGUGAGAUAGAUGCCACGCUGGAAAGGUUGAGGAGACUGGAGAGAGACCUGAGUACCAAGGAGAAGGAGCUGGAGGAGAGAGAGAGGAGACUCCGACUGUGGGAGCAGAGACUGAUGGAGAGGUCCAAUGUCCCCCCGUUCUUCUCCCCCAUGGCUUCAGCCAUCACCUCAGACUCGUUCUUCCGCUCUCAGUCUCAGGAGUCCAACAGCUCCAAACUCUCCUGCCUCAUCAGAACCCUGAGCAACGGGGAGAGGGCCGGGGACGGAGGUUUAGGGGGCUUCCAGUCCAUAAUGAGGGGCUUCUCAAGCGGCCUGGGUGAAGCCGAUGGGGAUGGAGGGAUUGACGUAGCCUGGGGGGAGAGAGAGAAGGAGAGGGGAACAGACGCACUGAUCAAUGGGGGGCGGCUACAGGUCAUGCUGAAGGGUUUCCAGGGCGGGAUUGGAGAGUUAGAGGGGGAGACCGAGAGAGAGGAGAUGGGAUGGGGGGAGAGUGGGAGAAAAGAGGGAUGGAGAGAAGUAACGAAGGAGGAAAGGGUGUUGGACGGGGGAAGUUUAGAGGGCGGGAGAAUCCAGUCCAUGUUCAGGGAGCUGAGUGGAGGUAGUAUGGGCGGCUUCGGAGACAUGAUCUCCCUGGACGACAUUGUGGGGAUAGAGAGGAUAGGGGACAUGAAUAUGGACAUCGGGGAGAUGGGUGACCUGGGGAUCAUAGGGGUCAGAGAUGAUAUAGCCAAUGUUUUAAGUCACAAGGUCAGGAGUGAGUUAGGAGUCAGAGGUCAUGGGGUGAGGUCAGGAGUACAGGUGAGCAUGCGGACAACGUCCAAUCAGAACUCUUCGAAAACGUGCAGCGUGCGACAAGGAUCCAAAAUCAAUAUGGCCGCCACUGCCGCGGCCCUGGACGUGAACAUGAUGGAACUGGGCUGGUCCGAUGACGACAGUGACUAGCACACCACAGGAUACAGGAUAACAUCUUGUGUUGUCAUUCAUUUCUUUUUUUUAUUGAAGACAAUUGUACACCUCCCUUUUGUGAAGACUGAAGGUUUUACUGUCCCGAAGUAUUGUGUGAAUUUCCUCCUGUCAUUUAGUUCUGGUGUAUUGAACAUUUUAAACGUGGAACUGAUGUGCCAUAUUAACAAGUGUUGCAUAGACCACUUGAAGACCACCCCUUUGUAGAGGCUAGGACUACGGAAACAGUACCAACCAAUGUCUUCUGCUUUUAGACCAUUGAUACAGUUGAUUUGUCUAAAAACUAAGCUUUGAAUUAAUGACUUCUUACUGUGAUCAAAUGUGUGAAACUAUUUUGCAGCUCUCGUCUGUAUAUUGUCUUGUUUUUCAAUAAAUUCAGAAAGAUU